UCGACUAAAACGGAAGUAACAGAAUUGUAAACAGACUAAAUCCGUCGUCCGCACGGCGAUCAUCCGUCCUCUGUGACUCGAGAAGAGGACUAGACAACCCCACCAUGGGAGCCGUCCUUGGAUUGUGCUCCGUGGCAAGUUGGAUUCCCUGCCUGUGUGGCAGCGCCCCCUGCCUGUUGUGUCGUUGCUGCCCCAGUGGAAACAACUCGACAGUGACUCGGCUAAUUUAUGCCUUCUUCCUGCUGCUGGGAGUUGGCAUUGCCUGUAUCAUGUUGAUGCCUGGCAUGGAGGGACAACUCAAGAAGAUUCCAGGGUUCUGCGAGGGAGGGAUGGGCUCGUCCAUUCCUGGUGUGGAGGGUCAUGUGAACUGUGAUGUGCUGGUUGGCUACAAGGCUGUGUAUCGCGUCUGUUUCGGCAUGGCCAUGUUUUUCCUGCUUUUCUCUCUGCUGAUGAUCAAAGUCAAGAGCAGCCAGGACCCACGAGCAGCUUUACACAACGGAUUUUGGUUCUUCAAGUUUGCUGCAGCUACUGCCAUCACCAUCGGUGCCUUUUUCAUCCCAGAAGGUCCCUUCACUAUAGUCUGGUUCUAUGUGGGUAUGGCUGGGGCCUUCUGCUUCAUUUUGAUCCAGCUUGUGUUACUCAUCGACUUUGCCCAUUCCUGGAAUGAGUCCUGGGUUGAGAAGAUGGAAGAGGGUAACUCUCGGUGCUGGUAUGCAGCUCUUCUGUCUGCCACCACUGUGAACUACUUGGUGUCUCUGGUCUCCCUGGUGAUGUUCUACGUGUACUACACCCACUCUGAUGGUUGCACAGAGAACAAGGCCUUCAUCAGCGUCAAUAUGCUGUUGUGCAUUGGUGCCUCUGUCAUGUCUAUCCUGCCUCAAAUCCAGGAGUCCCAGCCCAGGUCUGGGUUACUGCAGUCCUCUCUUGUCACUCUCUAUACCAUGUACCUCACCUGGUCUGCCAUGACCAAUGAACCUGACAGGAAGUGCAACCCGAGCCUUCUGGGUAUCAUUGGCCUGAACAGCACCAGUCCUCCUGGCCCAGACCAUGUAGUCCAGUGGUGGGAUGCACAGGGCAUUGUAGGCUUGAUCCUUUUCCUCAUGUGUGUCCUCUAUUCCAGCAUCCGCAACUCAUCCAAUGCCCAGGUGAACAAGCUGACCCUGACCAGUGACGAGUCGGCCCUGAUAGAGGAUGGGCCCCACCCUGAGAACUUCGAGGAGGGCAGUGAUGGGUUGAACCGCGCUGUAGACAACGAGAAGGAUGGGGUUACCUACUCCUACUCUUUCUUCCACUUCAUGCUGUUCCUGGCCUCACUCUACAUCAUGAUGACCCUCACCAACUGGUACAGCCCAGACUCCAGCUAUGAGACGAUGACCAGCAAAUGGCCGUCCGUGUGGGUGAAAAUCUCCUCCAGCUGGAUCUGCAUUGCCCUCUACGUCUGGACUCUGGUGGCCCCGCUGGUUCUGGUCAACAGAGACUUUGACUGAAAAACUCCUGACACCAUCGGGCUGUACAAACGAGCUUAUCCAUUAAUUUUUGUUUCAGAAAAUGUGAAGGUAGUAGAUAGAAAUGGAUAGGGUAAAAAUUCCCCAAUCAACCAACAGGCUUAUCGUGGUAAUUUUCCUCCUGCGGUGUUGCCUAAAUGUCUCUCAACCCUGAUUUCAAUUUAGCUGCUCUUCAUCAUUUGCUUAAGUGCCACUGUGGUUACUCGUCAUCAGCCUGCUGUACUGGUGAUCCAUGCUGUUGGUAUUGUAAAUAGUUUGUGCAUAGUUAGAUGAUCUGCCCUGCCAUUUUGACAUGUAUGACUUUAAUUUUUCUUUAUAUACAAAAGAGCUGCAUGCUUUUGCUUUUAGAUUUGUGUAAAAAAUAGUGGGUUAUGUUGAAGCUGUUAUUUGAUUGUGUUUAGAAAUGUGACGAGGGAUAUUAUCAGGUCAUUGCUUGUCUGUAUAAUAUGGAGGUUAUGGGGCUGUAAACACAGCUGAGGUUUUUUAUGAUGAUGUGUUUAUCUGUAAGAAAUUGAUCUAACACAAAAAAUUGUGGAAAAACUUAUCUGCUUUUCAGUCAUCCUGACUGACAUGUUUUGCUUUUAUUUGCGUAGGCAUGAUACUAGCAUUUUAGAAAUAGAGACUAGGCAAGUAACUCAUUUAGUUAACUAAAUAGUACCAUCCCCAAGCAUGGUCAUCUUGGGAUGUAGGCUAGCUUUCUGCAUGACAUGAAAAUAACUGCUAUUUUGUAUUUAAGCUGUGCUGGCUGUUUUAUUUGGAGGCAUUAUCCUACAGAACUGAUUGCAUAAAGCAAAAGUGAGCUGAACAGGUAAAGUAUUUAAAUUAUUUUGUGUUAAUUUGUUGUUUAUCCUUUGCACUGGAGUGUGUAUCUGUAAAAGAGCAUUUGUGGAAGUCUGGAGUUAGACUGUAGUAGGUGUUCUGACAGACUAACCAGACAUGUAUAGUCGUUCAUAUUAACUUGGUUUCUUACCCUGCUUUUAUCCUAGAAAUGUGUUUUGUCAUGUUAAAGUGCAUUGUAACUAAUGUAAUAAACAUGAAACAAAAUUAAA